AUGAGGGAAGAGGCAUGGACCAAACCUUGGAUGCUGAUUUUGUGUGAUAUCUGUCUAUCUCUUACAGACAACUCUUCUACUAUUAAAGUCUCCCUGAAGCACAACAAUAAAGCGUUGGCUCUUGCCCUCAAUGCAGAGAAAGCCAAUGCACAGCGGCUCACCCAGGAGAAGACCAUCUUACAGAAGGAGGUGGAGCAGUGCCACUUCCAGAACGCUGUGCUGCGGCACAGGCUCUCCUUCCAGAAUCAUAUCUUGAAAGAAUUUGAAAAUCUUAUGGCUGCAGUUAAGAUGGCCCGACUGUCUGAGUUCCAUACAAAUUCUACAUCCUUGUCCAGUGACCAGAAGAGCAGCAUGACUGAAGAUUGCUGGGCUGAUGAUAUUGCAGAUGGUCAGCUUCUGAGGGUUACAGGGAUACCAAUGAGGGUGCCCAUAUCCAAGCUGUGUAAUGCAGGGCAGCAAGGUGGCAGCUCCACAGCAGUACAAACAUGCGCGGGAGAACUUCAGAAACCUUCUUCUAAUGAGCCCCUGAAAAUCGUGCCUGUUGCCUCCAAAGACAAUUUGCCACCACAGCAUGCUGAGGAACCUCAGUCCCACCAGGAAGAGAAUGGGAAGUUCACUGAAACAAAAGAAAUGCAGGAGACUUUCCAUGACUCUUGCAUCUUUGGAGAGGUCUUGUGCACCACCGAACAAAAUCCCAACAGUUUCCCAGCACUUGCCUGGGAAAGUCAUCCUCUUUCAUAUGAGACUGAUGAGAUGGCAAAACAUUUCCUCGAUCGUCUCUCACAAGGGCACGUUACUCAGAGGAGAAAGCGUUCCACCCUAUUUGCUACAAGCACUCCAUCUUCUGGUGUGGGGAUCUUCCCACGUGUCAGUUCCACUCAGGCUGCUUUGUGCAGUAUCACAAAGGACUGCGGCAGCUCCAGCAACAACAACACACAUCAACAGCUGAGAUCUCCCAGUUCCCUGGCUUCACCUACCCAAACCACUGUUGUUUCUGAUAGAAAAUCUGUGGGUAAAGAGACUUUCUGUGAUCAGCCACAGGCUAAAGAAACUGAGUGUGGUGUUGAAACGGAUGCCAGCUGUAGCCAAGCCCCUGAGUUUGUUCCUAUAAAGGUUAAAAGCAAAGGUAAUUGUAAAACUGGCCAGAAAACGACUGUUAAAAAAGCAAGCACAGGAAAAAAGAAAACAAACGCAAUUAAAAACAAUGCAGAAGGUAUUCCUGAUGUAUCUCAAGGUGAAGAUCGUGCUCAAAAUGCAAAGAAACUUCUUCAGCCAGAAGCUGCAAUGUGCUCUACUGAGUCUGAAGUUUGUGAGGUGGGGCAAAAGGCUUGUGUGGGGGCUUUUGACAGCAAGAAUAGAGACUGUAGUGUGGAGCACCAUUCCCACUCUCCUGAGAGAAUCCAAGAUCUUGAAAGUGCUUAUGUGGUGAAUCCAGCACAGCUGCCCAGUCUUGAAUGUGGUGACUCAAUGCAACAGGUUAAGAAGGGACCUAUCUUUGAGAUCCAAAAUAUGGAGAGUUUAUUAAAAAGCCCAGUUCAUACUUUUUCAAGUAAGGAAAUUCCUUCAGAUUAUUCCAGUCCCCAAAAUUCACUUUUCUUCAGGAAAGAGACCUCAAAUGCCUGUGCUUUGCAAGAGGACUCAAGUGUGAGCAGAAAGAGCAUCAGGCAGAAAACCAACAGAAAAACUAGAGUGAUUAGGCAAAGAGUUGAUUCUGAUGAGGAGUAUCUACCAAAGAGUGUGAAAAUACCAAAGGCCAAAGCUGAAGAACAUCCUAAAGGAAGCCAGACAAGGAGGAAGACUGUCACGUUAAGCAACUGUGAUCAGAGAAAUGAAGUUGAUGUUUUUGGGCCCUGUAUAGAUGUUCAAGGAGUAGCUCAGGAGAGCACAAAGGAUUUGCCUGGUAAUCUUAAACGUAACAGGAAAACUUACAUUGUCCAUCCUUUGGAUCUUGCAGGAAACUUAGGUUGUGUCCAGACAGAAUUUGAAGGGGGUGAAAAUGUACCUCCCAGGUCAGUUCCUGGGAUCAAAGCUAGCAAAAUCCCCAGAGCUGCUAAGAACUAUCAGAAGAGCAAUAAAAACCAGACAGGUGGCCUUCAAGAAAAAAGGCAAGCUAAUGUUGAAAACAACAUGAGUGAUUUGAAAAAUAAUGGCUAUUGCAAACCCAAGCCUCAGAGGAACAACUCUAGACCUCCGGAGACUGAUUCCCUGGCCAGACAAAGUGAUGGUGCCAAGGUUCUCACUGGAAGUUCAACGGAACUUGUACCCAAGCAAGCUGUCCUGAUGGGGAAGUUUUCCUGCAUUACAGAUCUGCUGUCUGAGCCAGAUGGCUUCCUGGAGGAGCAGAUACCUGAGAUAUCACUUACAAAUAGUCUUAUGUACCUUCCCAACAAUCUUGAAUCCUCCUCUGUGACCAGUUGUGCAGCUUUGCCUGUCAGCUCCAGGCUUACAGAAGUACCAGUUUCCAAGAGCUCGAGUGCUGAGGGCAACAGAAUGCCAGAAAAAUCACCUGCUUGGCGGAAAAGCUCCCUGAUGUUUAAAGAAAAGACUGCAGAGGAAAUACCUGGGGAAACAAAUGAAAUGCAGUCAAGUUCUCAGAGCUCACCUUCACAGAAACCUGAGGUCAAACCACUACAGGACUUGAACAAUACCAGGAUUCUUCCUUGCUCCAUCUCGGAAGAAGUAUCAGGGCACUCAUCCAGGCGGAGACGGAAUCCCACCUGCUAUAAAGAACCAAGACUCAACAGUAAACUGAGACGGGGCGACCCAUUUACAGACACCAAGUUCCUCCACUCUCCUCUCUACAAAAGAAAAAAGAAUCUAGUUAAAGCCAAGGAAACGACCCAGAAGAUGAAAGAGAAAGAAGAAUGGCUUCCGGAAGGAUGUCCCAGUGCCAAGGUAGGCAAGUUUAUAACAACAGAAAUGAGUCAGGAUGAAAAUAACAGUUGAAUAGGCAGCCUCCGAGUUUCUAGAAGCUUCUGUGUCAAGCCACAA